AUCAAAAGUUGAAGACGAUACAAAAUGGAGCCUAUGCACUUGUGCAUAGCCCUAACUAAACUCUGACUUGAGCUUAAUCGUCCAACAAAUUCAAGCUACGGAGCACCUGCACACCAUUGCGCGCAGAAGCCGCUACCAACGCAACUUCAUCUUCUUCACAGUCAUCACAGCCAAAUUCCCACGCUAUUCUACAUUUCUACUCCUCUCUGUCAUCUUCUUCAUUCUGCUGCAAAAGAUUGCUUAAUCUUUUGAUUCUUGAAAAUUCUGCUUACUAUUCUUCAAACUAGAAGCAGGCAACAUGAGGGAAGUUGUUACACUUCAAAUUGGAGGUUUUGCCAAUUUCAUAGGCUCCCAUUUCUGGAACUUCCAGGAUGAGCUGCUUGGUUUGGCUGGUGACCCUGAUACUGAUCCAGUGUUUAAAAAUCCCGGAGUUAACAUGGAUGUGCUUUAUCGCUCUGGAGAGACUCAUGAGGGUGUUCUUACCUAUACCCCUCGAUUAGUUUCUGUUAAUUAUCUAGGAUCCCUUGGAUCAAUGAGCUCCCAUGGUACAUUGUAUAAUCAGACUCCAGAAUCACCUUCCCCUGUGGCCACCUGGAAAGGCAGUGUAUCCACCCAACGUUCUGAGUCUUACAAGAGAAACUUAUUCUUGCAAAGUUUAUAUAAGGAAGAGCAGAAGCAAAAAAUUGGUAAAGACAACAGAAAUGCUGAUUUGCCAGAUGAUAUUGGAGACAAGGAUAUAGUGGAAUCUUUGGAAAAUGAUGUCCAGUUCUGGACUGACUUCUCAAAAGCCCAUUAUCAUCCACAGAGUCUAUAUGAAAUAAAUGGGUUGUGGAUGGAUGUUGAGGGAUUCGAUAAUUAUGGUAUGGGAAAGGAUGUUUUUUCUGAAAGUUUUCGGGGAGAAGAGAUGACCGAAAGACUCCGUUUCUUCAUAGAAGAGUGUGAUCAUGUACAGGGAAUACAAUGUGUGGUGGAUGAUUCGGGGGGCUUUUCCAGUGUGGCAGUAGACUUUCUGCAGAACAUUGCUGAUGAAUUCACCAAUGCUCCAGUGUUACUUUAUACCGUUCGCGAUCCUGGUUCAUCAAUGAGCUCUAGAAGUCGAAAAAGGAACAUUUCUCGGGACCUUCAUGAUGCAGUUUCUUUUGCAAAACUCUCUCCUUUCUGCAAACUAAUUGUACCAGUUGGUUUACCUUCUCUGGGUGGAAGCAAAUUUUCAACAAAUCUGCAUGUGAAUGAUAAAAAGCCUUUCCAUAGCAGUUCAAUCUAUGCUGCUGCUCUUCACACUCUCAGCCUGCCCUUUCGCAUGGACAUGCUUGCUCCUACUGCAACUUCUGGAUCUUCUCUUGGUGCUUUGGAUAUCAAUAGCAUUGCACAGAUGCUAUCUGGCCACCUCCGACAGAAUAUGGUUGCUAUAUUAGAUGCUACCCCUGCACCUGCUAUUGGGGAACCUGCUCAGGAACAGUUAUUGAGUAAGUUGCAGUCAUUGACUCCAGAAACAUCGGAGAAAAUGGAAGACGUGCAUUCUGUAGAAACAUUGGUGAUACAUGGAGCUCUUAAAUCAGGUGAGCAACGAGCAUCUCUGUCUGAAGUCCAACAUGCUAUUUCUGCUGCUUAUGAGCAGGCAUCUUUGAGGCCUAGAUUCUGUCAUCUAUCUGCAGUUACUUGCCCUCUCCCAAUACCAUUACCAUUUCCAUCCAUAUUCUCGGAAAAUGUUGGUCGCUGUGGACAAUUACUUAGCAAUCCUAAUCCAACUUCAUCUUCAAAGGGACCACUCGAUGUCCAUUCUAUCCCUAUGGCUGCAAGACUGCGCUCUAGCAGUGCUGUAUUACCUUUCUUGUCCAGCAGGCUGGAAAACCUUCGGAAAUUUGGUAUUCAAUAUGGUGCUAUUGGAGGAGAAUUAAUGAAUAGUUGGGGUUUUGGAAAGGAGGAACUUGAAGAUAUGGGAGAGACAUUAUCAAACAUGGUCAGGACUCUGGAUCCAUACUCUGAUGUAACCUCUGAUUCAGAUUAGUUUAACAGUAGACAUGCUACAAGAAGUCAAGAACUUAUAAUCUGUUGUAAAUACAGUUGAGAAGUUUUCCUCUUUAUUUAUUUUUGUUUACUCUAGAAAGAUCCUUGGACCGACUCAAGUAUAGGUUUCUUUUGAUAGGUCUAUAAUCACUUUAUAAAGCUUACACUCCGUAUUUCUUGAUGACGUUAGACAGCCCUGGAUUAAAAUAUUAAGUCUUGAUGUUAUCGAUUA